GAGGGGUGUGUCGAGCGGGGAGGGAAGUGUGUGGAGAAGCUUUUCCUUGCGCUUGUGCAAAGAGUUCCCAAGUCUCGCCUCUCUGGGAAGCUUUUGUAUCUGUGUUGGGUGGCCAGUCUCAACAUUUGCAGGGGGAGGUCAGUGCUGUGCGGAGAGUGGGACGCAAUGGGAGAUGUAAUCUCAACUCACCUUGAUGAGAACCGGCGUCAGUUUAUCACAGAAAGGACUGGCAAGAUUCUGGAUGAGUUUUUCCAGUUCUAUGAGGAGCAGUAUCCAUUAGCUCUCUUCAAUAAGAUCCGGUAUGAGGUUGAAGAAAAUGGUGGACCGCAGCCUCAACUUCUUCAAAGAAAGGCCCCAUUAAAGGAUAGAGUUAUCUUCUCUGGCAACCUUUACCAGUAUAUGGAAGUAAACAGGAAGUGGAAGAACAGAUACUUCGUUGUACGUGAUGACUAUGAUGUGGCAUUUUACGAUGGCAAAAUGGCCUAUGACAGAGGAGCAAGUCCGAAGGGAGUAAUUAAUUGCGCAGGCUACAAGGUGCUGAAGUCGAUGGAUCGGUAUCUGGAAUUGAUUAACAACAGUAUGCCAGGAAUCAAAGGAAAAGCCAGCAACUCUCCAUUUCUGAAGUGGCCAACUGAGUAUCGCACCAUCUUAUGGCACCCAUAUGAGCAGCAUUACUACUUCUGUGUUAUUUCAGAGAAAGAACAGCAGAAGUGGCAUGCUGUGUUUCAGGACUGUGUUCGCCACCUUAACAAUGGAUUGCCUGAGGAUUGCAAAGUAGAGACUCCAGCCUUCACAGAUGCUGUCCGAUUGUACCGUCAGUCAAAAGAUCAGUAUGGCACAUGGGACAUGCUGUGUGGUAAUCAAGCACAGAUCAUAAGUAAUCUGGUAAUGGAGGAGCUUUUACCAGAACUGGGAACUGCAAUCCAACCAAAGUUAAAGGGCAAGUUUCAUGACCGACAGAGGGCCUGGAUUCUGAUCACUGAGGCUGUGCAUAAAAUGGUUCUGGCGCAGACAAAAGCCCGAUAUGAAGCUGUCUUACGAAAGUGUGAGGAAGCCCGUCCUGGACUGGAAAGCAGGAUUCGCCCAGAUAUGGACCAAAUUAUCAGUUCAAAGGAGCAUGUGGGAAACAAAAUCCGAGUUUACGUAAUGCCUAAAGCUGAAGCUUGUGUUCGAAAUCAAGUGCAGCCUUACAUCUCGUCCAUCCUUGAUGCGUUGAUGGGCCCAACCAGCAGGGGAUUUGCUGAAGUCAGAGACCUGUUCUUCAAGGAGAUUGUGGAAAUGAAUAAGAAUGUUCUCAACGAAGGAGGCCAGCACAAGCUGGGAGAGUACAUGGAAAAGCUGAGCGUGCUGCCUUAUCACCCAGUGAAGAUGCAAAGCUGCUAUGAGCACCUAGAGCAGCUGCAGCCACAGCUUGAGGGCCUUCAGCAACGCUUUGAUCUCUCCAGUCCAGCGGUGUUUGUCCAGCGCGGUCAGAUUCUGAUGAGAGAGCUUUUGGAUAAUGCCGUGUAUACAUUUGAGCAACUUCUCCACCAAGAUCUUGGCCAUUCCCCAGACAAGGAACAGCUGUGCAAGACAAUCCAGCGCAUCCAGGACAGAGUUCUGAAGAAAUACGAUUACGACAGCAGCACCGUCAGGAAGAAGUUUUUCAGAGAAGCACUGCUCCAGAUUACUAUUCCAUACAUGUUAAAGAAGCUCUCAUCAUCUGUCAACACGGCUCUACCUAAAUUUCAAGAGUACAUCUUUGAGGACUUUUCCAAGUUUAUCCUGGUAGAUAAUAUUUUUGAAGAGGUGGUUCUCCAAUCUGUCUCAAAAGACAUAAUGUUAGCUGUGAAAGAAGCAGCUGUUCAAAGAAAGCAUAACCUCUUCAGAGACAGCAUAGUGUUGUCCAACAGUGAUCCCAACCUCCUGCUUCUCGAAGAGCAACCUAUCAACUGGAACAAUGAGUUUGGCAGCCAAGAAAGUGGCAGCCCUGCUGAUGCAAGUGAUAAACGGAAAAGGAUGAAGCAGGUUGUGUCAAUGAUUCAAGAUGAUGGUGUUUCCCAUCCCGAGGAAGUUGAAGUUAUGGAUGACCUCAAGGAAGUAUCUGACGAGGAACAAGUCACAAAUGAUGACUCCGAGUCUUGCAGCCCAGUCAAAUCUCCUGAUAGUGUGAAAGAGAUUCGCGACCUGCUGACAAUAGCUAAAAUUGAAACGACCCAAGUGCCUGCACCAACAGAGAGUUCAUUGAGCAAUGGAGUGGUUUGUAAGAACGCAAAUGUAGCUGAGAGAAACCCUUCUGAAGAAAUCAGUCCCAAGUUGCUCCAAGAACAGCAGCAGGCGACAGUACAGUCCUCCGGUGGUGAGAGUGGCCUCCAAUCUUCUCCUGAGAAAACAGAAGCUGGCUGCAGUUCUACAGUCGGCUGUCCAGAAAAGGCCUUGCAUGAAGAAAAGGAGUCACUCCCAGGGAAAGUGACUCUUUGCCAAGAAGAUUCUAAUGAUAAAGAAACAGGAGAGGAGAUUUCUUCAAAGAUCACUGAAGCAGCAGAAGAUUCUCACGAGGCACAUAAAGUACAAGAAACAGAAUCCGAAUCUUAAUAGUAGGAGAAUACACUCGUCUGCCAUCAGUACUGGAGCUCCAAAAGGACUUGUGUGGCUUGUCACCUUGAAUGCAGUCUCCCUACUCAUGCAGUGGUGAUAGAAUGGCCCUGAAAUUCAAUCCGAAUUGUACUGGUCCCUUACCAUAACUAUGACAGGAGAUUGGCAGAAGGCCUACAGAAUUUCAGGGUCACUCUAAAUGGGUUUUCUUCUGUUCAUUCUCACAUUUUACAAUUACUUCAGUGAAAUAUCUAAUUGGCCAUACAGUGCAUUGUGGAUUGUUGCCUUGUUCUGUAUUGCAUGUCACGACAAUAUGUCUCGCUUAUUGUCUACCCUUUCUCUUAUCCAUUGUAGGUUCCUUUUCUGGUGCUUGAAGCAUUUUCAGUAGAUCUACUUGGUUUGAGCUGAUGUAUUUUCUUGUUUGAUUCCUGAUUGGUUUAUUAUACAUAAACCAGCAUUUUUGCACCAAUGUGGUUUGUAAUUUUCUUGUGGUUAGCUUUCCACUCAAAUGUGCAACAGGAUCAGACCCCUCCCCCCCCCCCCCCCCCCCCCCUUUUUUUAAAAUGCUCAGCUGCUGUUGUGGCUUGUUCACUUCAUGAUAACAUCCUGAGAAAAUGAUUCCUUUUAGUUAAAUUGAGAAUGUUACUUCACAUCAGGAUCACACUGCUAUUGUCAGUUAGUAUGCCAAACUAAAGUAUUACACUUUUCUACAAUGCAUGAAACACAAAAGAUGUUCUUAUCUGAAUAUUUCUGAGAAUUACUACUUUUGUUUAUUUUAUGUAAAGUGACAUCAUUACCAUCACAAAAGAAUAAAUAACAAACAUUAUGAUUUGCUAGCUAUUUAAGGGAAAUACUGUAAGCCAACAUGCACCUUUCUGGAAUGUGAUUCUGAAACCCUACCUACAAUCUAGAAUUGGGUGUGAUUCAUAGUGUAUUAUCAGUUUGUGAAUUUUGUGCCAUAGAUUGUUCAGCAAUAACCUGUACAGAAAUAAUGGCUGCCAUGUUGACAGUCAGUAGUUCUGUCAUACAACAUUGACUAAUGAUUGAAUAAGCCUUAUCCAUUGUUUUGUUGACAUAUCUGCCUAAAGGGCCCCAAUGAUUAAUUGUAAUAAAGGCUGUGAUAUUGUAGAGCAAUUAAAUGAUUCACGGAAAAGUGAAUUUAGCAUAAAUGAUGGCAAAAAAACACUUAGAUGCAUUUUUUUACACGCAGAAUCUCUCUCCAGUUGUCCCUCCAGAGCAGGUUGGCAGGUCUGUUCCAGCAUUCUCAAACAACCUAGACACAAUAAAUUUUGCUGGUUACAGGAUUGUUUAAUUUAAGGCAAGAUGCUGAAUAAGGUGCAAGUUCCUAUUAUUAUGUGGUUGAAGGGCAAAUUGUGACAAACCUACCAGAUCUUGUCUAUUGCUGGGAAAAAGUGGCACACUGCUGAUGGUCGUCCUUUCUGCACAGAACAAGACUGAGGCAAGAUUGCUGAAUUUCGAGGGGGAGCAGUUUAUUUCUCAUGAAAUAUAAAUUGUUUUCCUUUUGAAAUUUGGUAUUCUUCCAUCUGUUCUGAAGGGUGCAAGAUGAAAAGCUUUGACGUUGUGUCACUGUCAGAAAUAUUUAGGUUAACUUGGAGUAGAGAGAACAAUUAUGGAGCAUAGUUUCUGUUGGUGAAAGGGGUCCAAAUUUGUUUUUUUUUUAAAACAUCAUUCUGCCAACUCUUUGCCAUGAUUUUAGGCCAAAUAUUCCAUGACCUGCUCAUUAAGAAAGAACUUGCUUUUAUUUAAGAGAUUUUAUUUCAUAUUAUUAGCGUGAAUGCUUAUUUAACUACUAAGUAUUGCUGGAAUAUCCUUGGGAUGAGCAGUUGAUGCUUCAUGGCAUGACCUUUAGUUUGACACUAAAUGGGCUUUUCCAUUGUAUCAUAGAUUAUGAUUAAGUGCUUUUGCUGACUGAACAGAAAAGGAAAAAGAUAUGAAUUUAAGCAAUAAAUGAUCUUUUAAUUUUAUUAAAAGGCAUACUAUGUACAGACUUGGGCACAUUAGCACUGUUCUGUAUAAUCCCAGUUACAGGCAGUUCGCUAUGUGGCACACUUUAUUUUGUUUGGUCUCUCUAUUGCUGCUUAAAAUUUGAUGGUUUUAUAAUGCUAUCAGUGAUCAUGUUACCUUUUUCCCCUGAGAUGUGGGUUCCUAUAAAUGCUCAAAGUAUUUUAUUAAGCUGCCUUUUUGCAAAAUAUACAUUUAAUAAAGUUUUUGUCAGGAUCAAA